ACCUGGGGCUAGGCAUGCUUAAGGUGCCUAAAGAGGCUGACGAAGGAGUCAGGGCCACCUCGGGGAGUGUGAGGAAAGGAAAGCGGCAGCACAGUUCCCCUCAAAACCCACUUCUGGACUGCAGCCUGUGUGGGAAGGUGUUCAGCAGCGCCAGUUCUCUUAGCAAGCACUACCUGACGCACAGCCAGGAAAGGAAACACGUUUGCAAGAUCUGCAGCAAGGCCUUUAAGCGUCAGGACCACCUGACCGGGCACAUGCUCACCCAUCAGAAGACCAAGCCCUUCGUGUGCAUUGAGCAGGGCUGCAGCAAGAGCUACUGCGACUAUCGUUCUCUGCGCAGGCACUAUGAGGUCCAGCAUGGCCUGUGCAUCCUGAAGGAAGACCACCUGGAAGAGGAAGCCUGUGGGGACUCGCCCCACACUCAUGACACAGCCAGCCAGCCGCCUCCCAGUGGCCUACGGUCCCUGGUCCCCCUGGAAACCAGGUCCCCUGGCUCCCUCUUGCCCAACCGAGACCUCCUGCGCUGUAUUGUGAGCAGCAUUGUUCACCAGAAGAUUCCUUCUCCUGGCCCAGCCACAGUGGGGCCUUCAGAUGGUGAAGGGAGGAAUACGGCCUGUCCCUAUACCACCUCAUCAGAAUCUUCCUCCUGCACUCCAGCCGGCACCCCAGCAGCGCCAGGAACGCUAGGCUCUGAGGUUCCUGAAGAGCUUUGUCCCCCACGGAAGGAGCCAGCCGUUGACAUGUUCACAGCUGUCCAUUCAAGGGUGGCCGAGAAUGGUGCCCUUGACCCACUAGAGUCUGAGUCCCCACUGCUGCAUCUCCCAUCCACCCUGGAGGGUUGGCCUGAGGAUGGCCCCCUGCCUGCCUGCCUGCCUCUCUUCCAAGGCCAGCCAGUUCCUGCCAAUUCCCAGCCAUCAGGCCACAACUUCCAGUGGCUCCGCAACCUGCCUGGCUGCCCCAAGAACAAAGGCAGCAAUGUGUUCGUGGUCCACAAGCCCUCUGCGAUGCCAUCCUGGGAAGGCUCAGAGUCUGUCUCACGGCCCAGCAGUGCCUCCCCCUCGGGGGAGGCCUCGUCUAACUUGGACACCAUCCUGGAGGAUGUGCUGCCGUUUCCUCCCUCACGUCUGAAGGCACCUGGGGAGGCCUCUAGCGACCCCAGGUAUGCCAGAGGGGAAGAUGACAUCUGGGUGUCCAAGAAUAGCAAGUUUGACUGUGACUCCUUCUCAUGGCAGAACUCUGCGGAGCCUGGCCUCCAGGAUGUCCAGAAACCCAGCGGGCUCUCGUCGGAUGCCACGCCACUCUUUCGGCAGCUGUUCCUGAAGUCGCAGGAGUCUCUGGUGAGCCAUGAGCAGAUGCAAGUGUUCCAGAUGAUCACAAAGUCCCAGCGGAUCUUCUCCCAUGCCCAGGAGGCAGCAGCCUCCUCCCAGCUCCCCGUGCCCGAAGGCAAGCAGGCUGCCCUGAAGCCACUGCAGGGGCCAUGGCCGCAGCAGCCCCUGCCUCUGGCACCUGCUGUUGACUCUCACCAUGCUGGCCCAGGAAACCUGCAGCCAGAGGGAUCUGCAGCCCACAGGAGGAAAACCACUCCUGUGGUUCCCAGAGAGGCCUCCCCUGGCAGCAUGAGACGAGACUCGAAGGGAGUACUGAAAGUGACCGCAGCUCAGCCAGCCCUCACAACGCCGGCCCUGGACGCUUCUGGGAAUCCAGACAUCUCUUCUCUGGCCAAGCAGUUGCGAUCCUCAAAAGGGACCUUGGACCUGGGAGACAUCUUUCCCCCCAUGGGCCCAUGGCCGACCCAGUUAGGUGGGGAUGAUCCCCCUAGAGCUCAGCUGCCUGGAAAGCAGGGCCAGGCUGAGAAUGGCACAGCUUCAGGGCCCACGAAGGGUGAAAAGACCCCAGCCUCCUCCCGGGGUGGAGGUUACAGACUCUUCUCAGGCAAUGCCAGGGCCCAGCGCUUCUCAGGCUUCCGGAAGGAGAAGGUAAAGAUGGAUAUGUGUUGUACGGCUUCUCCGAGCCAGGUAGCCAUGGCCUCUUUCUCCUCAGCUGGGCUUCCCUCGGAUCCUCCACGGGACUUGAAGUCCAAGCUGACAAUAUUCAACAGAAUCCAGGGUGGAAACAUCUACAGGCUCCCCCAUCCAAUGAAGGAAGAGAAUGUGUCAGGUGGAUGUAAUCAGCAAAAUGGGGGUCCUGCAGACUGGACAGAGCCAAGGAGCACUUACAUCUGUAAGAAUUGCAGCCAGAUGUUUUAUACUGAGAAAGGGCUGAGCAGCCACAUGUGUUUUCAUAGUGACCAGUGGCCGUCACCUCGAGGGAAGCAGGAGCACCAGGUGUUUGGCACGGAGUUCUGCAAGCCACCAAGACAGGGGGACGGACAGAGUCCACCAGGAGCCAAGAAGCCCUUGGACAACAUGGCCACAGCCCAUUCAGUGAUCCCAGUGUCAGUCCCUGUGGCUCCAGCAAAUCGGUCCCUGUGGAGCACAGCCAGG